AUGUACUUUCAUGGGCCGAGCAGUAGCGACGUUGUGGACAGACCGUCGCUGUCUCGUUCGCCGCCGACGAUUUGCACUGGCGCUCCGUCGACAGCGGCGGCCGCGCUUCCCGGCAUCCAAGGCCAGCAGUGCGGCCCGUCGCCUUCAAGCGCGUUGUCGUCCAACUCGACGUGGAUUAACGCUUCGUUUCUUCGUGCCCUGCACAGCGCGUAUGCGGCCACCCCGAAGGCCGUUGGACAGAGUGAUGGCGAACGCGCUCGCAACGGCGACGGGGUGCGCGAGUCAACGCUGUUCCCGUGUGCGGUCGCGCGCCUGUUCCACGCGUGGUACGAGGCUCUGGCGACCACUCGAGCGUGCGCAGUGGUUCUCCCGCCGGAUGUCGACGGCCCCCUCGUCGUCCACCUCACACUUCUCCUUGUUGGCUGGGAAAUGAUGCAAGCGACAUCCCUCUACCUGCGCCAUCGGCGCGCGAUGCGGGUCAGUGCGAAGACCGAGGCGGAGGCGACGCAGGACUGUGACGAGAAUGCAGCGGAUGCAGAGGAGCCAAGUGACUUCUUGACGUCGCGGCAAUUCGCGACGGCGCAGGUGCCGUCACCACCGGAGAUGGAGUCGGUGCAGACCGGGCAAUCACUCCUGCCACGAAGCUCAACACGGGCGGUGCGUCGGUUGUGCAGCUACUGGGCACUUAUCGAGAAGGCGGUUCGAGCUGCGCCGCGCAAGCGCGCUGGUGCGCCAACGAACGUCGCCGCUCUUGGCUGGUUCGUCAGCUCUGAGCUCGUCGGCCACAAUUCGGCACAGGGGGGCAGGGACCGGCGCGCGUUUCACCGGCUCCCCUCGGAUGCCGCUCCGCACGGUGCAGGGACGGUGCUUGUCUUGUCGGACCAGGCCGCGUUCCCCGUCAUGACGGAGCCAGGGGGGAGCUCGGAAAGGCAGCCGGGUGUGGCGUCAUAUGCAGCGUCGCUUGUCACGGCGGAGAAGCCGGCGGAGGUGGCAGAGCCGUGGAGGGUGAUGCACUUUUUGUGGACCGACGUGGUGCGCUACUCCGUAACGUAUACCGAGCUGCGGCAGCUGCUGCUCGGCUGCACUGUUGCUGAGAUUGCGAAGGUCUUCGAGAAUGCUGGCGAUGCGGGCAGCUGCCAAGGCGGCCUCUGCGCCGCCUACAGCACACGCGUCCUGCCGCCUAGAGGGAGGGGUAAUAGCAGCCGCAACGUCUCACACGAGGCGGCAGCGACCACAGCCCACUGCGUCACAAGUCCCACCUCGAGCGGCGUCUCACCCAGCUGCUACGCAGACCCACGCGUCGCCGUGGCAUGUGUAGCACUGACGUGGUACUUGUCUCUCGUGCGCGAGGUGUACGAUGCGGUUAUCGUGCACGAGGACGUCCAGCGCUGCGCAGGCGCGCUCGAGGAGCUUGAGGGACACAGCAAGGCCAUGUAUCAGCACGGCGUACAGGCCGGACUCGCCUUUUUUGAAGAGGAGCUGCACAACGUCUGGUACCUGGGUGUCGCGGACGCGAGCAGCGGCACCGGCGAAGGGUGUGCGUCUGGGCAGCCUCACUGUCAUGAACACCCAAUGGUGCUUCCCGAGGUUGUCAGUACUACCGACGACCACGCAGCACCUGCGGCGGCUAGUUCGUCCGCGUCGAUGGCAGCGGGCGUGCAUCUCAGCUGCCGCCGUGCAGGAAAUGGCAACCAUUCACGGUGCGGCGGUGCCGGCGACAGUCCACUCGCCCUCUCAGUGCCACCGCGCAGCCGUGAGGAAUGUGUACUAGUGGGCGCGACGCACACGCCUAUCCGCGUGGCCUCGCCACGGGCAUGCUGGGCGGAGUUGAAUGGUGCACUAGCUGCUCUGCUGUUGCGGCGGCGGCUGAUGGAGCUGCUGCACGUGCGAAGUCUCUUUUCCUACAUGUACACCAGCAGCGUGGCAAAGAUGGUCUCCUCUGCCGUGCUGACGGGGCUGACAUGCCUUUCCUCCCGCGUGGCGGCGAGCGGGCAAGUGGCGCGCGAGGCCAUCAGCUCCAACCUGGACACAUACUAUCGCACGCACGGGGCGCUGUCGCCACCGGGCAGCCAUUCUGACAGCGGCAGCGGACCGUCCCACGGUGGUGCAGUGUCUACGCAGCAGCGCAUCCUUUCCCUAUGCCUGCUCGAGUGUAUGCGUCUGGCUGUGAACACGGUGCUCACGCGCACCACACACGCGUACAUAAACAUGGCAGCCUCGCACCGGCGCAACGCCGCGAAGGCAGAGCUCUACGAGGCCCUGACGCGCCUGCCUCUCGCGUUCUUCGACACGCACUCAUUCGACGAGGUGGAGCAGAUUGUCUACUACGUGAACGAUAUCGAGGGCGUGGAGGUGCACGUGCACCACUACAUCUGUAGCCUCGUCAUGUCGCUUUUUGCCAUGCAGCACGCCGUCCAUCAACUGCCGUGUCGCGCACGCCUGCUGGUGGGCGCCACGGUCGCGGUGUCGCUCACCGUAAAAUGCAUCGGACAACGCAUUAAGCAAUGGGUGCAGGUGGCUCAGCGCACCGGAGGAGUGCUCCCGCCGUGGCUGCGCGGCGACGAGUUGGGCGGCGUUGUACGCGGGACGGCGGAGCUCGACGCGCAGGUCGAGGAGAACACGGAGAGCAAUGCGCGGCAAGGCGGCGUGAUGUUGCGUGGGUUAGACAUUGUAGCCGUGCUGCCGCAGCUCCGUCUGUACGCGGCGGACCUUAGCCUGAUGCGGUGGUGGACGCACCAUACCCGCGCGUGUGGCGCCAUGGCAGGGGCGACAGAAGCAUCAACCUUUCUGCAAGGCCUGCUGGUACUGCCGUUUCAGGCGUACGGCCACCUGCUGCCGGCGCUCGGCGGUGCGCUCAUGACGUUCGCGGACUGGGUACUGCCAACGCUCGUUGCCAGCUACGGCGCCUCAAUGGCGUUUUGCAGUGUCGAUGCGCUGAGUCUGUCGAAUAGGCUUGUCGAGGCCAUGCGGUGCAUCGGCGACACGGUCGAUGCGGUGGUCGACGGGCGUCGCGUCGCGGAGGUGGUGUUGCUGAACGCAUACAAGGCGAAUAUUCUGGAAAAGGUGCUGGAUGCACGACGGUGGGAGCCAACUACGGCCGAUUACGCGAGGGGCUUCGGCUUUCGCGGCGAGGCGGACGAGCACGACCGCGACAAGGACAAAUCUCACGAUGCCGGUACCGGUUGUGCGACACGUGCCGGGGAGGUCGGCUCGCCUCGCUACGGCCAGGGGCGCUACCUGCUGCAAUCGUUGCGCCCUGCCGACUCCCACACAGUCACGACAUCUCCACCGUCGCUCAUGCUGCGGUGGAUGCACAUUCUGAAGCACAACUGCUGCUGGUGCGUCACGCGCGCCCCACCUAUUCGCAUUCUUCGAGGAUAUCUUCGACUUGUACGAAGCAGGCUUGCAACAAUGGGGAUCGUAAAAGAAGACUGCCGUGGCAAUAGACGACGCCAAUCACGGAAGCCCUACUACCAUCACCGCUGUCCGAACCGACCAUGCUAUCUCUCUUGCCGGCGGAGGCGUCGGUCACCGCAAGAGGACCCGCAGCCAUCCAAGAGUCUUCGACCUCUGCCGCCGGGCAGCGCGAGUGCAGCGACAGAUGCGUGUCUGAGCAACCAUUCGUCCGAGGACGAUGUCGGCCGUGGCGCUGAUGCCCGUCCCUCGUCGUCGCCAUGCAGCGACGAUUCCGAUGUUGACUGUGAAGCUGCAGCGGCGGCCACAUUGGCGCUGCUCACGAGCGGUACUGUGCACGCCGUGACAGUGCGGAACGUGCAGUUUUGCUAUCCCACUACCCCUACGGUGCCGGUGUUCUCACAUCCCAUCACGUGCUCGUUUGUGCUCCAAGGCAACCGCGAUGCGUCGCCGUCGUCGUCGCCGUCGCCGUCGCCGUCGAGUGCCUCGCCGCCGCAGAGGACGAGGUGCAGCUGUAGCAGUAGAGGCCGUCUGGUGUGUCUGGUAGGGCCUAGCGGCCACGGCAAGUCUACGCUGCUCAGUCUGUUGCUGGGGAUGUACACGCACUACGAGACGCCUAGUCACAUCCUCGACAAGGACAACGAUGCCAGCAGGGGUGCUGGCGGCGGCGAGGUGCAACAGCAAGGUGGCGCUGAAGCGCUUGACCGAGGGGCGGCACUCUUCAAUCUUUCAUCCCCUGCGGUCAUUCCGGACAUCGUGCUCACGCUGGCGCACUCCUCCGACGAGCUGGAGCCAGCCGGCUUGCACGAUGCCGCGUCGACCCCAGCUGCAUCUGCCGUGUCGGAGGUGGUUUAUGAGCAGCUGUCCGUCGCCUCGAUUCCGCGCGACAUCCUUCGCGGACGGCUGUUCAGCUUUGUUCCGCAGAGCCCCGUGAUCUUCUCCGGGGCCACGAUCGCGCACAACAUCAGCCUUGAGAAUUACGUAUCCCUCGAGCAGGAGGAGCUGCUGGCUGAGAUUGCGCAGUGCGCUGCCUGGGCACACUGCGAGUAUAUCCAUCGCUUUCCGCAAGGCUUGAUGACGUACAUUGCUGACAGCGGAGCAGGGGCUUCGUCGUCCCCACUCGCGUCUGCAGGCACUGGAGGCGGCGGCGCCGGUGGUGGUGGUGUGGUGCGCCUCAGCAUUGGCCAGGCGCAGCGACUGAUGAUGGCACGCGCUCUGUUCCACGGUCGGCGCGGCGGCACCGUGCUCGUGAUGGACGAGCCCACCGCGAGUCUGGACAAGGAGGUGAAGCUGCAAAUACUGGGCGAGUGGCGCGAGUUGCUGGACUCUGGUAUUGUACGCGGCGCGAUAUGCGCCACCCACGAUGACGAUCUCAUCGCGGUGGCAGAUCAGGUCGUGCGUCUCCCGUAG